AUUACUUUCUAGCAUGAAUAUUUCUAUAGGAAGCAUUCCAUAACCUAAAAUAAAACAUAUGGUAAUUUAUGGGAAUAAAAAAAUUAAGAGUGGGUACCCGAAGAAGUCAACUAGCCUUAGUACAAACUGAAUACGUGAUUAAGGAAUUAACGAAAAUAUGUUCUUUUGAAUGUGAGAUAGUUAAAAUCGACACAAUAGGCGAUAAUAUCCUUGACAUACCUUUACCAAAAAUUGGAGAAAAGGCACUAUUCACCAGAGAACUAGAAGUUGCCUUGGAACUUCAUCAAAUUGAUAUUGUAGUGCAUUCAUUAAAAGACUUACCUACAACUUUACCAUCUAAAUUAGUUAUUGGGGCUAUAUUAAAAAGAGUUUGUUCUGAAGAUGUUGUUAUCAUCAACACACAAAAGCAUUCAAUUAAAAAUAUUGAAUUACUACCAAACAAUAGUAUUAUAGGAACUAGUUCACUUAGAAGAAUGGCUCAAAUUAGGCAUACAUAUCCACACCUUAUUGUUAAAGAUAUAAGAGGUAAUAUCAACACAAGGAUAAGAAAAUUAGAUGAAGGACAAUUUGAUGCUAUUAUAUUAGCCUCUGCUGGCUUGCAGAGAUUGAAUUGGGAGGACAAGAUUGCACAAGUACUAGAUGAUAAAAAUUAUUAUUACGCAGUUGGACAAGGAGUUUUGGCUGUCGAAUGUUUAGAAUCUAGAAUAGAUAUUUUAAGUCUGCUAGCUCCUUUAAAUCAUAUCUCUACUAUUGUCCAAAUAUUGGCUGAAAGAACCUUUCUAAAAACUAUUCAAGGUGGGUGUUCAGCUCCAGUUGGUGUUAGAACAAUUUUAAAGGAAAUAGAUGGAAAAAUAUCUCAAGUCACUCUCUGCGGUAUGGUUAGCGAUUUGGAAGGUAAAGAACGGUUGGUUGAAAAGUUUACUAUGGAUUUAUAUAGUGAUAAUAUAAAUAGAGAAACUCUCAACAGUUCCGCAUCAAAUCGAUUAGCUAACAAGAUAGAUAAAAAAUAUAAUAAAGAUUCAGCAGCGCAUAUUAUUACCGGAAUAUAUUUGAACCCAUCUGGAUCUUCUCACAUUGACAUAAAGGAUAUAGAAUUUAACGAAGAAGCUACAGAAUUCCCAAAUAUUGAUAUGAAAAUAAAUACUGAAGAUAGUAAAAAGCGCGCUGCUUUACAUAAUCCUGACGAUAAAGGGAACGACGAGAGCCAGCUCAAAAAUCAUAAUGAUUCCAUUUUAAAUAAAGAGGCAGUAAACGAAAAUCUUGUCACAAUGUAUUUAAACGCCGAAAAAUGUGGGCAUACAUUAGCCGAAAUGAUGCUAAAUCAGGGUGCCUUAGAAAUUUUAACCAAGGUUAGGGAAGGGAACUUAUAAAAAAAAUAGGAAAUUUUAUAUUUAAAUUACAUUUUUU